GUGGGGUUCAGUGUCUUACCCAUUGACUUAUGGGCUUGCAAGGCGGGAAUUGAACCUGCAAACUUACGAUCAUGGGUCGACCGGCAUACCGCUGCACCACGAGGUACCUCCAUUGGGAACCUUCAUCAUCCUCUCAGGCAGAGAGAUGCUGAGGUGCUCAUCAAAGAAAACAUCAGCAAACGUCUCAAGGGUUCGGACUCUUACUUUGAAAGAGUGCAGUUGUUUAGUGUCUUGAUUUUCAAAAUAAAUCCUCCCAGACGCAUCACCUCUGCCUGUGAUUGGUGGAUAUGAUAAAGGUGCAGGUGCAGCUGCUGACUUACCUGUCUGCUUAAGGCAGCUGAGUGUUGUCCAAUCAGAGAGCAGCUCUGCUGGGAAAUGCGGCCAAACCUGUGUGACGGACGAGGAGAGGGAGGGCGGGCGGGCGAGUGCCACAGAUGCAGAGUGGAACUGUAACAGCGAGAGAGCAGACAUCCAGGAGGUCAGAGCACGCCGUGACAUCACUGUGACAUCAUGAGCUCCUCCGCUGGACACACACACAGGAGAUCCCGACCGGACUGCGUGACGUGACAGGUGGGGUCAUGUGACCCGCUAGCACUGGAACCGACGUCUGUGUGAGGAACCACGUCUAGUUCUGCAGUGCUGGAACAGGAACUGGGGUUUUCUUCAGGGAGGUGUUUGGACCUGCCCCCCUUGGAUCCGUUACGAACUGCUGCCAGCUCGUCCCACCCCCCCGACAUCGGGGACAUGGAGCUGAGGGAGGAGUGGCAGGACGAUGGCUUCCCCAGACCGCUGCCAGAGGAAGGCGACCCUCUGGAGGAGUCAGAGAGUCCAGCAGGAGCCAGCAGAGACCCUGCUCCACCCACCAGUCUGACUCUGUCAGGAGGCGUUGGGGGCGGGGCUAAAAAGCGUCUCGUGGCCCCAACCCUUAGCCUGACCUUGAACCAGCGGGACCCGCAGGACCCCAGCUGCGACAGCUUCUCUGCUGCUGCGCUCUCAGCCACAGACGAAACGCCGUCUCUGGACAUCAACUUAGACGCCCUGGAGACGCCGUCAGGCAGCGAGACGGGAACGCUGCCUGACGGCGUGCAUGACCUGGAGUGGGAGGAUGACCUCCCGCGGACCGGGAAGGGCAGGGCUGUGGGCGUGGCCUGGAGUCCGGCUGAGCCCUCAGAGGGUCUGAUGGAGCUGGAUCAGGUGGACAGUAAAGGGCGCCGCUGGCGACGGUUCCGCGUCUCUGGACAUGAGUUUCACGUGAACAUGAGCGUGCUGGAGCCGUACCUGCAGGUCCUGUCGCAUGGAGGUUACUAUGGAGACGGGAUGAACGCCAUCAUCCUUUUCACCUCCUGUUACCUGCCAGAGAACACGGUGGAGGACUACGGUUAUGUCAUGGAGAACCUGUUCAGGUACAUCGUUGGGACUUUGGACCUGAUGGUUUCAGAGAACUACAUGCUGGUCUACCUGUGCAGCCUGGCUCCCAGAAACAAACUACCUACCAUCAAGUGGCUCCAUCAGUGCUACACCUCCAUUGACAGAAGGUUGAAGAAGGACCUAAAGGGACUUCUGGUCGUCCAUCCCGCCUGGUACAUCAAGGCUCUGCUCACUCUGGUCAAACCCUUCAUCAGCGACAAGUUCAGCAAGAAGAUCACUUUCAUCCACAGUCUGCAGAAGCUCUCACAGUUCAUUCCCACAGAGCGACUGCAGAUCCCGGAGGCCAUCCGACAGUAUGAUGAGAAGCUGAACAGAUGACAGACGCUCCACCAAAGGCCCCACUGCUCCCUGGAAGGACCGUCCACACCAUGUUCUUGUUCUAGUGUCAUCGAUGGUUCUGAAGUCCUUCUGACUCGGGUCAGGGUCUGGACCAUGACGUCAUGUGAAGAGGGCGUGGUCUUUUUGUGUGGAGAUCCUGGUCUGUCAUGUUUUAAGACCAUGAAUGGUCGUGGAUGUUUACCCGUAAAUACACUUGGAACACUUUUUGCUGCACAAUCUGGUUCUGCUUGGUUGAACCUGGUUGUGGCUGUCCGUCUGGGCUUGUCCUGGAUGUGCACGUGAUGUCCACCAGGUUCUGGGAAACACGUCAGCAAGGAUCAGGAUCAGAGUCUAAAGUCAGGAUUUGGAUCUAAAUAUUAGUCUGUGAUAGCAACCAGGUCUGGAUCAGGAUCUGUCAGACUUUGCAUCGUCAGACCUCUGGUCUUGGGUCCAAAUCUUAAUCCUGUUCUGAACAGAGAUGUGGGUCUUGGUGUGGGAUCUGAGCUGAGUUGGGCCUGCUCAGAUAAGGGGUAUGUGGACCUGUACCCUGUGUUUGGAGGUUUGUCGGUCUAAUCUGGAUCUGAUCCAGUUCUGAGUCAGAAUAGGACUUUGAUUUUGAACUGGGUCUUGCUGUUGGGUUGGUUCUGGAUGUGGAUCCGUCUCUGGAUUUGGUUAGUGUUCCCCAGUUCAUUCUUUUGGAUGUUUUUGUUCUGAAACUGGUUCAGGCGGUUCUGCUGCUCAUCCACCUCUGUGUCUUUGUCUGGAAACUCUUUGGGUUCUGUUCUGUGACGGUGUUGUCUUCAGAAAAUCAACUCGUGAUGUCUUGAUUCAGAUCAGGUUCUGUAUUCCGACGAGGUUCCGGAUCAUUCCAGAAUCUGAAUUUCCUUUGGGUUUUAAUCUGGACUGGGUUCCUCAUCCCGAUCCAGACUCAGGAGCACCAACAGUCUCUGUGGUCCUGUUUCACUCUCCAGGCCAUGAAAGCCGUUACCAUGGUAACAUUAGCCCUCCAAUCAGCUGAGUGAGUUCAAAUGUGAUGUGAUCCAGGUGCAUUCUGGUGUCCUUGACUCUGUGGGAGGGGUCAAGAGGAGGACAAAGAAGGUGGUGGGAGAGAGGAAGAUGUUCUGGAGUGUGAAGAUGAGGAGCAGAGGAAGGACAGAGGCACAUCUUUCAGAACAAUCUCCAAAACCUGAUGAAAUGACUUCCUGGACAUCGGGAACAUCGAUCUUCCUGAGGAAUCAGAAGGGGGCGUGUCUUCAUUAGAACAUAAAAAUAAAAACAACCUUUUUAUCCGAA